UAAAAAGUUUGCUUGAGGUCGGAGUGGGCGGGGCCGUUUUGACCGCGUGACCCAUUAAGCGAAAGCUGUCAGUGAUGGAAGGUAAGCUUCACGUGCGCAGCGGGUCUUUGGAUGUCAGUCAGUCAGAGCAGCUUCACGGCCGAGCAGCAGAGUCCAAGCACAUUGGGAUGGAGUGGCGCCAGCAGACCAGUAUCAGCUGUGCGGACGCGUUCAGCGAGGCUCAACGCUGGAUUGAGGAAGUGACUGGAAAAAGCUUUGGAUGCAGUGACUUUCGGGCUGCCUUGGAGAAUGGCGUUCUGCUAUGCGACUUGAUAAACCAGUUGAAACCAGGCAUCAUCAAAAGAAUGAACAGGCUUUCAACUCCUAUCGCUGGUCUGGAUAAUGUGAAUGUUUUUCUAAAGGCCUGUGGGAAACUAGGACUUAAUGAAUCUCAGCUGUUUCAUCCGGGUGACCUGCAGGAUCUGUCCACGCGUGUGACGCUCAGGCAUGAUGAAAGCAAGAGACGACUAAAAAAUGUUUUGAUCACAAUCUACUGGUUGGGUCGCAAGGCUCAGCUGGACUCCUUCUACAGUGGUCCUCAGCUUAAUUUCAAAGCUUUUGAAGGACUGCUGGGGUUGGCUUUGUCCAAGGCUCUAGAAGAUGGUAGUAACGUGCUGGGAAGAGAUGGAGGACACAAAGAGCGCCAUGAGUUGGAGACGGAGGAACGCCGGCGGACAGCACCGGGUGUUUCAAGAGGGAACUCAGUGGAACACAUUGAGUUUCUGCAAACAUACCUAUCCCAAAAUGAUGAAGGUUGUGGAAGUGACGCAGAAUCUGAGCAGGUGUACAGAAUGGAGGACAGGCCGUCUUCAGCUAACAGAAACAAAGGCUACGUACCAACACCACUUCGAAAAAAACAAGUGCGGGAUGAUAAUGCGAGAAGAGGAGUCAGUCCACUCCCCAGAAUCAGUCAAAUCCAGGUCAGGCCUGACAGACCAGUUCAGGUCAACCCUGGCUGGAUUUGGAGCAAAUCCCUCAGUGACAUCCCCAUGGUGUAUCCUGUGAGCAAAGUCACCAAUGGAAGCCUUUAUGGUAAAGACAAAAACAUUGGCUCAGCAAGCGAGUGGAAUCAGGACAAGAGGAGGUGCAGUGUGGCUGCCAAGGACAGUGAAGCUCAGUGGCAGGAUGACUUGAAUAAGUGGAAAACUCGUCGCAGAAGUGGAAAGUCUGAUCUUCUCAGAAGCUCACAGGACAGGGAGCACGUAAUUACCCAGAUGACCAACGGGGCGAUGGCUGACUUUGAAAAGAAUGAAGCCCAAGGCCCAAUAAAACGAGAUCACAUCAUUUGGAAGCACCACUCUGUUCCCAGUCCAUACUCCAUCUCCCCUCCAUCAAAAGCCUCUGGCUCUGAUUUCAGGCCACAUACUAGCGCGCCACUUGCUCGCAGCAAUGCCACUGAGGUUCCAUGCAGUCCCAAAAAUGCAACUCAGUCCUCUCCAGAAUUAUCUGUUAAACCUCAGCCUGCCUCUGAUCAGAGUAUCUUGGGUGAAGACACCUAUAUUGCCUCUUUGGCAUCAGAUGGAGCUACAACACCUUCUGUGCAGCAAUCCUUCACCUCUCAAACUCAAGUUCAAACUGCAUGGAGUCGAGCUUCUCCCCAGUACAUUCCAGAACAGACCAAGCCAAAAAACGCUUCAACACAACAAUUCUCCUCUCUUAUUGAAACCACACAGCCAAAAGAGAUCCUCAUAUCAACCAAAAGACACACUCUUGCUCCACGUCUGUCAAGUUCUGACAAAAGUACUCUUUACAUUGAAUCUAAAGAAAAUGUUUCAACUACCAAUUUUGAUAAGGAUGGAGCUGCAACCACACAGGACUUUCUGCAUCAGAAUUACAAAUCCCAAGAGGAGAGUCAGAAGUCACAUGGGGAGCCAGCAGGGGGCGCCAAAUUCCAACCAGCUGCAAGUUCCUCAAAGUAUUUGAGCAGAAGUUUGACAUGGUCGACCUCAGCCGGCCUUCCCCGGGGUUACCGCCAGUCUGAGAGCUGCAUCCGUCUCUCCCCUGCCAUCACUAUCGCACCUAGACCUUUUGGAUCCAAGCAGCCCAGGGUGUCUUCACUACCCAGAGUGCUCAGCGUAGAGGACAGUCAGGGUUUGCCACUAAGCAUUGAAAAGAAUGAUUCCCAUUGUCCACCCAGCAAAUUGGGUCUCAAAAGGCAGACUGCUGCUGCUCAUCUGAGGGGUCAGUACCAGGCAUCAGUCAGACAGAAAAAAGCCAACCAAGCAAAGCAGAAACACGCAGAACAAAGGGAAGACGCAAACAAUGCUGCUUUCUCCGGCAUGCAGCCUUCUCUUCAGACAACUCUCCAUCCCCAGAAGGCCUACACAAGGACACUACCACAGCCUUACACAAGCCCACAGUACUACAGCAGCAGCGACUCGCAUUUCCCGCUGUCGUCAACGUUUGAUGUAUUCAAGGCUGAACACAGUGACAUGAGAGUGACUCUGACUCUCAAACCAAACAGUGUACCAGACUUUGGUUUCAAGACUGUCUGGGAUUCACAAGGGGCGAGGAUAAAAACCGUUCAGCCUGGCAGUCCUGCGGAGCUCUGUCGGCUGCGUGCGGACGAUGAAAUCGUGGCGGUGGAUGGAGUCGCAGUGAUGCACCUGAACCACAACCUGUGGAAGGACAAGAUGGCAUCUUCCCUGCAAACUGGCACUCUGACGAUGGACAUUCGGCGCUACGGCGUCAAAGAUUGGAGCAGCAAUGAGGAAAGCCAUAAAAACCAGCCAGCUCAAAGCAGGAUGACCCUCAAUCUGGCUGCAGCACCAGUUCUGAUCGGUUGUGCGGAUCGUCAGAACUCUGCAGAGAUGACAGACGCACAAGAAUCCAAACUCAAUGAACAGAGUCCCAAUAUAAAGGAGGUCAAAGCCACGAGUGGAGAGCCUAAAGAUGAUCUUGUUGCAUCCAGAAGUAAAGGAGGUUCAGAAUCUGCAAUAUCUGACCAGCUCCAGGUGCCAUCCCUCAGACCCUCCUCCUCCUCCUGGUCUUGGGACAGUGAGGAGGAUCGCAGGCGCCUGGAGAAGUGGCAGGAAGAACAAGAGCGCCUUCUACAGGAGCAAUACCAACGAGAUCAGGAGAGGCUGGAGGCAGAAUGGCAGAGAGCCCAGCAGGAUGCAGUGGAAGGCAGGAAGACAGAGAAUGUGUUUGACUUGAGUCAUGAGAGUUUUUCCAGCUCUCAGCACCAUGUGAAUGGAUGGACAAAGAAAAGUCAAGAAGAAAGGCAGAGUCCUGAAAGAGACCUGAAAGAAUCGGAGAGAAAACACCGGAAUCAUGUGCAGUGUGUGCACACGGAAAAGACCGCUGAAAAAGACUGGGCUGAGGGUUCCUGUGGCUUUGCUCGGCUGUCCUCUGCAUACAGGGCCAAGUCUUUGUCCACCUCAGCACUAGCUGCUCCCUCCAGGCAGACCACAGGUGACCAAAGCAAAAGAAAAGGACGCCUAUCGAAGGCCGAGCAGGAGCGGCAGCAGAUUUUAGAGGAAAUGAAGAAAAGGAAUCAGCUUUUGACCGACAACAGCUGGAUUCGUCAGCGCAGCAACAGUUUUCACAAAGAUGCUCCUUCUAUGUCCAUAAAAAGAUAUGAGUCGCUGGACAACCUGGACGUGUUGCGUCAACCCCCAGACCCUUCCCCUACGUUGACCUACCCCCGCUCAAAUUCUGCGACUGGAAGUUACUGUACUCCAACCAGGGCGGCGUCUUCCCGCUACAGCACAGGAUCAGUGCCACCAGGGAGAAAUGCAUACGUGGAGCAUGGCAGUGCCUGGAGGACUUGCUGUGUGUGUGAGCGUGUCCUGGGUAGUGGUGCAGCCAUGGUCAUAGAGGCGCUUAGCCUCUUCUUCCACUACACCUGUUUCCAGUGCGUGGGCUGCAACAGAAAUCUUGGUGGAACCAAGAGUCGGGUCCAGGUUCGCGUCCGAAACAGGAAGCUCUACUGUGAACACUGCUAUUUCCAACUCAAGUCAAGUGGUGCCUUCCUCAUCUGACCAGGAGACAGUGCUCCAGAUUGUAGAGUGAAUUAAACAAAUAGCAUCCACUAUUGAGGAAAAUAAUCCAAACAUUGAUACUCCUAGAUAACCAUGGGCUUUUGUUUCCUUACUACUAAUAAACUGAAGGAUGUGAUGAAAGGUGAUUGACAAUUUGAGGAUCUGCUAGUAGAUUCUGAAUCUUGCUUUUAUGGUUUUUGGCUCGAGUGUCUAUUUUUUUGUCCUAAAUCUCCAUAAAAUGUAGAUGCAAUAAAUGCAAUAGGGAACUUAAUGGUUUGAUUUAUUUGAAGAAUUUUGAAGUUGCUGCUGAUCCUGUGUGUGUGUACUUUUCUCAGUAAAUUCUGACAAUCCAAUAAAGAUCAGCCGUUUUUGUAAUUCUGAGGUGGAGGUGCAUUUUUAUAUCACACUGUUUAAAUGUCACAAUGUGCACAGUGGAAUGACUCAGCACAGGUGUGUGUGCCUUUGUACUAAGGAGUUUCAGUAAAUAAAGUGUACCAAGUAUCCA